ACACGAAAUUGGUUGGUUAUGAAAUUGGUUGGGACAUAAAAUUGGUUGGUUACAAAAUUGGUUGGUCACGAAAUUGGUUGGGACACGAAAUUGGUUGGGACACAAAAUUGGUUGAGACACAAAAUUGGUUAGGGCACGAAAUUGGUUGGGAUACAAAAUUGGUUGGUCAUGAAAUUGGUUGGUCACGAAAUUGGUUGGUCACGAAAUUGGUUAGUCACAAAAUUGGUUGGGAUACAAAAUUGGCUGAGACACGAAAUUGGUUGGUACAAAAUUGGUUAGGACAUAAAAUUGGUUGGGACAUGAAAUUGAUUGGUCACGAAAUUGGUUGGGAUAUGAAAUUGGUUGGUUACAAAAUUGGUUGGGACACGAAAUUGGUUAGAACAUGA